GCCUUCCCCCGGGCGGGAGGCAGCUCUCGGGCAGGUUCGGCACCUCCCGGCCGCCCGGAGGGGGUUGAGGCGGCCCGGGUGGGAGAGCGGGGCGGGGCGGAGCGGGCCGGAGGCGGGUGCGGCGCGGACCGGUGCCUGUUGCCCCGAGAGAGUUAACAGCGCGAGGAGAGUCGCCGCUUCUCUGCCCGUGCCUGGCUCCUGGCAACCGGGGCGCCGCGCAUGUAGGGCCGCCGGGGGCUGCCGGCGCCGCCGCCGUCCCCCGCCCCGGACAACGUGCCCAGGCGUGAAGUAUGGCAUGCAAAGAUGGUUUCUGCCAAGGAGCCAGCCUUCGCCAUGUCCUCGGGUCUCUCCAUCGCCCUUCUGCACUGUCUGUGCCUGGCGACGUGUCUCACCGGGCCGCCGGGACAGAUCAAAAAAGAGGAGAAAUUGUGGCCGGAGAAUUUCACCAGCAUCCUCAACAGUCUCCUGGAUGGCUAUGACAACCGGCUGCGCCCGGGAUUCGGAGGUCCUGUUACUGAAGUCAAAACAGAUAUAUAUGUCACCAGUUUUGGACCUGUUUCUGAUGUAGAAAUGGAGUAUACAAUGGAUGUCUUCUUCCGUCAGACAUGGGUAGACAAAAGAUUAAAAUAUGAUGGCCCUAUUGAAAUUUUAAGACUUAACAACUUGAUGGUCUCGAAGGUGUGGACUCCUGACACUUUCUUCAGGAAUGGGAAAAAGUCUGUUGCACAUAACAUGACCGCCCCAAAUAAACUCUUCAGAAUAAUGAGGAAUGGCACGAUCCUGUAUACAAUGAGGCUUACAAUAAGUGCAGAGUGUCCCAUGAGAUUAGUGGAUUUUCCCAUGGAUGGUCAUGCUUGUCCUCUCAAAUUUGGGAGUUAUGCAUAUCCGAAGAGUGAAAUGAUUUAUACCUGGACAAAAGGACCUGAGAAGUCAGUGGAAGUUCCUGAGGAGUCUUCCAGUUUAGUUCAGUAUGACCUGCUAGGGCAUACGGUGUCCAGUGAAACCAUUAAAUCUAUUACAGGUGAAUAUAUUGUUAUGACAGUUUACUUCCACCUCAGACGGAAAAUGGGUUAUUUUAUGAUUCAGACAUAUAUCCCGUGCAUUAUGACCGUCAUCCUUUCUCAAGUUUCAUUUUGGAUAAAUAAGGAAUCUGUACCAGCUAGAACUGUAUUUGGAAUAACCACAGUGUUGACAAUGACGACACUGAGCAUCAGUGCAAGACAUUCACUGCCAAAAGUAUCAUAUGCUACUGCCAUGGACUGGUUCAUUGCGGUCUGCUUUGCCUUUGUGUUUUCUGCUCUUAUCGAGUUUGCUGCUGUCAACUAUUUUACUAAUAUUCAAAUGGAAAGAGCCAAAAGGAAGACGGUAAAAUCCCUCCUUGAAUUUCCAGUUGCUCCAAUACAAAGAGAAAAAAAUACAGAAGAGACGCACACGAGUACAGACGCCAAUUCAAAUGUGAGGAAAAGAACGAAUGCCACAGUACAGUCAGAAGCUGAUGGUGGGAGUCGAAUUGACACAAGGCACAGUUCCAUCCAGCCUCCCUCUGUAGCUCAGGGGUCUUCUGACAUUACACCCCACUCCCUUUCUGCAUCAAGUCCCAACCCUUUCACACGUAUUAAUGCAUCAGAGACAUUAUCUUCUGCAAGAGCUACCCCUCCAGCUCCUCCUUCUACCCCAAUUUUAACUGGAUUUGUAUCCCAGCAUGCCACAGUUGGAUCCCCUUCCAUUCAGCACUUGCUUGGAUCUAGACUGGAGCAGAUUCAGACCACCACACCUCAUACAUUAGGAGCAUCUGCAAAACCAUCUGCUGUCACACCACCUGUUCCCCCUGCCUCUCAUUCUGGCACUAGUAAGAUAGACAAAUACGCACGAAUUUUAUUUCCCGUUACCUUUGGAGCAUUUAACAUGGUCUACUGGGUGGUGUAUCUAUCCAAGGAUACCAUGGAAAAAUCAGAAAGUCUAAUGUAGUUUUGCUGCUAUGUAGUAGUUCAAAAAUUAUACUCACAUUUGAUGCAGAGUUUCUUCUUUUGAAACUAUUUAAAAAGUCAAUAAUUCUUAUUUAUAAAAGCUGUGUGCUACUUUCCCAUUGUAAAGGCUGGAGAUCUUGGGGAUAAUGAGGUAAUUCUUAAUUAUAGGUAACAGAAUUCUCUUCCUCCCUUCAGCUAGGAGUGAAUCAUCACUCUUCAAACAGACUACUUGCCUCUGGGAGAAAUAUGCACAGGAAAAAAUCAAAGAUGGAGGUGCAGAACUGUGCAGUGGAAUUCAUCUCCACUGUUAGGAAUUAUGCGUGUUGAUUGUCAUGGAUCCCUGAGGCACCUAGUACUGUCAUUUGGACACAGCAUUGCAUUUCUUGACUGCAAGGCCCAUGUCCUGAGUAUUUUGACAGUACCUGCUAGAAAUGGACUUUUUGUGCUAGGCUAAAAUUGGCAGAAUGGGAGGAAAAUGAGCAAUGGAAAAAGAAAAUAGAGUCCAGCCUGGGAAAGUGCAACUCCAGAAGAGUUAUGCAAAGGAGUUGUAGAGCUCCAUAUAUUUUUACGAAGCAUUAUUUUGCAUUGCAACCUUGGAAAUUCUUACUUCAAAAUAAGAAUGAAUUAACCUUAUAAAUCUGAAAUCUGAAGUAAUUCUCAAAAUUGGAAUUUUUUGUUUGGUAAGGUGAUCUUAAAUGUGAUUCUUCUUAGACAGUGCUGACCAGCUUGAGUGGAUAAAUUUCUAAAUUGCAUCACAUGGUAGAAUGGAACCAGGUCCACAGUGUUCAAAUUUUUGAAUUCUUUGUUCUUUCUUUUGGAUGCUUUUGGAUUUGUUAAUUGUUGUUUUGUUUUGUUUGUUUUCCAUAUUUUUCAGUCACGCACCUCUGAUUUCCUUUGAACACAUAUUUCUCUCUCUCUUUUAUUAUAUAGUUUAAGUCAAGUUAAAUUUACAACAAAUUUUGAAGUGGCUUCAGAAUCAAGGAAAACAUAUUUUCCUGUGCUUUGAUGUGUGUUGCUAUGGCACAACUUUGAAUGUGAGACACCCUUUUGUGAAGGAACACUGUGACAUAAAUCCAAAAAGCGUGUUUCUAGAUGAAGCAGGGGAAACAUGAGGUGUAUUUAUGAUCCAUUAGUUUUUCUUACACUGUGGGUGAUUUCCUUAGUGGUUCAGUGUAUGAACAGACAGCUACUUUUCUUUAUUUAAAAAAAGAAGUGAACAGUUUAAGCUUGAUAAAAAUCUUAUCAACAGUGUUCUUUUCACCUACAUGAGAGGAGGAUAUGCUGGCCAUCAGUCUGAAGGCUUUUGUGGAGUUCCAUCUUGCUAGGAAAACGGUUAGCAUUUCUAUACAAGACAAGUGAAUAUCAAAGGCCAAGUUCUCAGCUGUGAUCUGGCUGUGUUUUUAAAGGAUUAAAGAGAAGCCAAUUCUCCUUUGCCUGGACUAAUCGUUAACUACAGUUAAUUGACAUGGCAGAUUAGUAGCCCAUUGUCAAAGUUUUAUGCUGGGGUCAUUGAGGUGGGUGUUCUGGAGUUUUCUGUGCAAGUAAUUUGAUAAAGUGACUGAGAAUCUGAUGGAAGUCACAAGUAGCUGAGAUAAUCAAGACAGCCCUACACAGAACUAGGAUGAGAAUGACUGUACAGUGACCAUACAUCUCUAUCAAUCCAAGCAUGGUAGCUAUUUUGCAGCUGAGAAUCUGACCUGCUAGCUUAUAGGAUCUUGGAGACUGUAAGAGGUGUAUAAUACAGCAUGUACCAUGGAUUCUAGGCUACCGUUUCGUAUAGAACAUUGGAAUGUACAUGGUAGGAUUCAUAGGAUUUGGAAUGUCUUACGUGUCUUUAUCAUGAUAUAAUAGUAUAAAAAGUAUAAAAAACCUUACUCUUUUUUUGUUCACUUAAGUGAUGUUCUCAAGAAGGUAGGCAAAGUCUUUUCCCUUUGUAUGUAAAAGAAGCCUGAGAUUAAAAUGCUCCUUAGAAAACCAUUACACAUUCCAAAACAUGGGAUUGGAAAUGGAGCACACAUGCAGGUUGCCAAGCUGCAGUAGUUUGCAUCUUCAGAUGUAUUGUUGGGAGCUCUGGCUGUGCUUCCCUAAUUUAGUCACAUUAUUGCAAAUUGUCAGAAUAGCAGAUACUCUACAACAGAGAUCAUUUGUUUACUUUGUGAAAAUGAAGAAAAAAGCCCUAAUCCUCUGGCAAUUGUUGGUCAUAAUUGCACAAAGGGUAAUUUUUUUCUAGUGUGAAGAACAAUGGCUUUAUGUGUUGAGAACCUAGUGUUUGCUCCAAAAGUUAUUGAAAUUACUCUUUGCUUUUCUCUCUGAUGAAAAACGGGGAUGUUUUCUGUUAGACAGAGCUCUAAAUGAUUUACUCUAAACAGCUGUCUCUUCCUUUCCACCCAUCCCCCUAUACUGCUCAUAUAAUCAGCUUUCUUUGUGGAUUGUUCAGUAGAAUUAACACUGGUUCAGGCUGUUUAGCCAAGGUUGAAGUAGAUGUGCUAUUUGGAUUUGUUUGUAGGUCCUGUUUCAUUUUAAAGACUUAAAAGAAGGAGAAAAUGAUUGCAGGAAUUAUUUGAAUUCAAAAUACUAAUUUCUGUGCUUCCUUGUUACAAGAAAUUUUUCAUGAUAUCUCAGAACAAAUAUGUUUUUAAUCCAUCAGUCAAUUCAGUCAAUUCCUGAAUUACCUUCUGGUGUUUGCAUGUUUAUAUUCAUAAUGAGAUAUAUAUAUAUAUAUAUAUAUAUAUCUCAUUAUGAGCCUAAUUUACUGUACUGUGCUACAUUAUUGUGUUACAGUAUAAGAAGAAAUUACCAUAAGUAGCUUUCCAAAGUACAUAAGGGCAACGUAAACAGGGAGUUUUUCAUCAUAUUUAAUCUCCUUGCAGAAUGAUCAGAAACAGUGAACAGCCUGCAGUAUACUCAGAAAUACUGGCAGGUUCUGAAUACUGUGCAAGUUAGAAGCAUGAAAAAAAAAAAAAGAAGCAGGAAUAUACUUAAAUAUCGAGCGUGAAAUGUUCAAUACUGGUUAAUAAAAUCCAAAGGGAGAAUGUUGCACAUGUUACUUUAGUGCCCACAUAGAUCUCUAGGGCUGAUUUUGAGUGUAAUAAACUUUACAGGAAUUGUGGGUUUUUUGGUGUUUAUUUUGAUUUUUUUUUUUUAAUAUUGGUUUUGUUAGGCAGUCUCUCUUGACAGUAACAUAACCAUUUAGAACUAACCAACCACUUCAGUCAUCUUUAUUACCAAGAAAAAAAAGUGUAUAAAGAGAGAAAAAACCUUACCAAGAAACAAAGAUCAAUCCCACUAACUGCUGUUUCCUCAGAGAUAUUGUUACCAAUAGCAAAACUCCUAUUGAUUUCAGUGAUGUAGCCCCAACCAGUAAUGGAGUCAUUUGAGAAAAGCAGUUAAAAGCUCAGUUUGAGGAGAUUGCCUUCACAUGCAUUGAAACAUAUUUUGUAGGCAGUUGUGAGGUCAACAUAGCAAGGUCAAAUGUAUAUUAGCUCACUAUUAAGAGUUUUCACAGCAGUUACUAGAAUAAUGAAGAGGCAAACCUAGACCCCAGUACCACAUGAUGGCCUGAGCUCUUAGAGUUCAGCAGCUGAAUUGGAGUCCGGCUUUUCUCCUACAGAGUUGACUUGUUUCAAUCAAUUGGAUAUCAGUGGCACAUUUCUGAGACACUCUAGGUUUCUUUUCCUGCAUGAUUUUUAGGAAAAAAAAAAAAAACAAACAGGUUUUGUAAACUGUUAAGUUAUUCCAUCUACAUUACUUUACAAUCUGUCAAGUUGAUCACAUGAUAAUUGAAUGAAAGAGGCAAAUCAUUUAUUAAGGAAUGUGCCUAAAGGUUUUUGUUUAACAGGAACUAAAAUUUAUUGAUUACAGGGAGUUCAAAUGCAACUUUGGGCAUCUCAUCAUUUUCAUUACUUAGGAUGGACUUUGCAAAAAGCUGGGAAAGCCAAGUGUGUAUAGGUAAUAGGAUUGAACCACUGUUUCAGAGAAAAAUGAAUGUAUUCAUCUUUUGAAUAUGUGCAGAAUUCUGUUUUCUUCUGUUUACUUGCAUAUUUCCUGCAUGUCACUCUGAUGCAGUGAACCUUAUGAUGUAGUGAAGAGACUGUGUACUGUGUAAGAAUGUCAGAAUCCACAGUGUAUAUUUAUCUAGAUCCAAACUUUACCAUCUGCCCUUGUGUUAUUGGAGAUGGAGGGAACUUCUGUUAAAAUGGAUAACUGUUCUGUGGCUAACACUAUUGUAAUUACAACAUAGCUGAAAAAUACUGUUCCUGGAUUUGUUUAAUCCUGGAGUUAAACUGGCCUAUUAGGAAAAUGCCAAAUGCCUGGCUGAGAAGCCUAGGUGAAGUAUAUUGUUUAAUGAUGAUAUGGAUAAAACCAAGUAUUGGAGAACUGCAGAUACAUGUGGCAGUAAGCUUACAUGACACCACGGGAAGUGAGGAGAGUGGGUGAUGUUUUUCUAGAUGGUCUGAUGAGCACAAAGUAAAACAGUGCACAGUGGGUAAAUUUAGUAAAUCCAAUGGUUAAAUGGACUUAUGGAUACUGUUAUUUAAAAUAAACAAACAAAACAACAAAGAAUUUAGUCUAGGAAAGAAGCAACCAGUUAGGUGAUGAAAGCCUCUUUAUCUUUCCCAAAGUGUUUUUUUUUUUUUUUUUUUUUUAAUUUUUCUAAGAGUUAAUAUUUAUUUCACAGUGUGAUUCGAAAGUAAGUUACUUAUGUUUAGGAGACAAUGUACUGACAUCAAUGCAGGGCUUUUUAUUGACUUAAAUACACUUCAAAUAGGAAGUUCUGUUGGUUCUUCUGGAAGGAAAAGUGUGUUGUUUUUGCAAGAGUCUGAUACACACUAAUUCUUCUAAGUCCUCACUAAAUCUUCAUUUGUAGGUGUCUACUCAGAAGCAAGUUGUUGCACUUUUGAAGAAUGUGAGUGUGGUGUGCAGUUUAAGCAUGUUGUACAUUCAUCAGACUUUGAAAGUAAAUUUUUGGCACAUUCCAAGCAAGUGUGAGUAGCGUGAAGUACAGAGAAUUCAGAAAAGGUCUCUCUUUGCUAAUGUUAUUUACUGUGUUCUAAACUAGAGGGAACAAAAAAAUGCCAUUCUUAUAAAAUUGACAGAACUUGUGAAGCAUACUUUGUGUUCACAUGGAUUAGAAAAUGUGGUAGGUACCAUUUUCAGAAUUGAUUCGUUUUAUAUUCUAGUCUGUAACUGAAUGCAUUUACAGAUCUCUCUUACACUUUCUUAUUCUUUUUAUAUUGCUCUGCUAGAGAGGACUUAUUCAAAGCAAGCCAGUUACUAUCCACUGCAACUUACUGUUUUCUGGUCAGAAUUCUGUUUUCAUUAUUUUAUGCAAGAGAAACCAAGAGCAUCAUGACAUUUUUUGAAAUAAAAAUAAACUGGGAACAACAAAAAAAAAAGCCUUGGAGAUUCCCUUUUUAGGAGAACAACCAAACUCCCACCAGCUAUUGAAUGAUUUCUUCAAAUAGCAGCAUAAUUCUAGCAUUUAAAAAUACUACUGUGAUCACAUCCUGUGUAUGUAUUUAUAAUAAUAUUCAAAGCUCUGAAUUCUGAGGGAAGCAGUCUCCAGAUGCACUUGCAAGCAGUCUUACUUUGAAAGACUGUCUUUUUGGAUGCAAAGCACGGUGUGAGGUAGGUAUUAUUUAAUUAAUUAUUUAUUUAAUCUUCUUAUCUCCAUUUUCAAGAAAAAGAUCCUGAAGGAAAAUAAAAAAUUGUGCCACUGAAUUAACCCUCAGCUAGCUCAGAGACUUGGGUACUUGGGUUAUCUCCUGUUGUUGGUCUUGCUGCUGUUGAUCUAUUUCAGCAUUUGCUGUGUGUUUCAGUGUAUGCUGUAUUUAUGUUGAAGUAACUGCUGUUAAUUGGCAUAGCAUUCUAUAGAUGGUCUGUUUACGUAAAGAAGAGAAAUAAUCCUAUUUGUGAAUAUGUUUUGAUCCUUGGAAAAAUCUUAGCUGGAGAUUGGUAGAAGAAGCAAGUGAUUCUAUGAAGCAUUGAGCUGGACUUCUGAGUUCAAUGCAUUGCAAAAUUAAACUGAGUACUGACUUGUCUUGCUUUGAAAUGUUGUGAUGAUGUCUCAUCUCCAUGGUAAGUAAAGAUACAGAAGUAUGGAGCACUUGGAAAUUAAGAACAUGUGCAAGUAUGUAUUUACAGUGCUUUCAAAAUGUGAGAUAGUUUAAAGCUCCUCACUGUACAAUAAUUCCAUAGUCUGUUUUACAGCUUGAAAACCUAGCUGCUAAACUUUGUGAGGUUAUUACACAAAUCAUUUUGUACUUCAAGUAAACAUUUUUUUGUACGUACAUGUAUUUCAUGUUUUAUCAAUUUAUGGCAGUGUUUUCUGGCAUCAGACCAAUUGUGAAGGUUUGAAGAAUUUUGAAGAGCCAUAGUUCCCAUAGAAUUAUAUUAUAGCAUCCUUCUGUAACAUAUGGGUGCCUUUGCAGAUCAAUACCGGAAGCAAUCAUGGUGGAAAUGAACCUACUGUUGCCUAAUCCAGUCCUUGAGAAUAUGAGUAUCUGUAUCUGUAUGGACUGUGGAUGGGAGAUGGCUUAUGUACUACCAGCCUCUGAAGUGCUAUGCACCAGACAGACCAUAUUAUUAUGCAUUACAUCAUUAGGACCAUUAUAUUCCACCAUAAAACUGAAUUACUGCUAAAGGUAGUACUCCUACCUUAUUACUUUGUGUUGGGAGAUGUACCCAUGUGGUGAUGGUGAUCUGGCUGAAAUAACUUGUCUAGCUAAAAGCAAGUUUAUCUAGUGGCUGAGUUAGCAGCCUGCUGGAUCAGUUUUCUGAUUUGGCUCACUGUUGUUAGUGCUGCUACAGAGGAGGUGGUGAAAAGGAUGGGAUUGAUGGGAUUUCACAACAACUUUAAUCCAGCCCAGAACAACUGGAGGAUUCUUAUUCUGACUCCACUGGUUUUAAAGAAGACUCUUUCUGGAACCUCAGUUGCCAUAUGUGGUUGUUUUUAUUGUUACAAAGGUGAUUUUGUCAAUUUUGUUAAUAAUAAAUUAAUAAAUAGUGUACAACAACAACAAAAAAGGCCAGGAUUUACGAAAGAGCUUAAGUGAAGUUAUUUGAGGCAAGAGGAAAGAAGGAAGAAAAAGGAAAGCAUUAGUAAAGAUGAAAAAUUUAAUUACUUGCUACCAAGCAGUUAUUUUAAGAUAUGUACUAUUAAAGGUAUGAGAGCAGCAUCUGGCAGGAAACAGUCCAGAAAUAAUUUCUUCAUUACGAGUACAAUGAGAAAGUAAUAAAGAAAAGAAGUCUCUAAUGUUCUCUUAGAGACAUGUUAUGUUCCAUUGCAGUUGUUUUCAUAAAAAGGGUAUUUUCGCAGGCAUCCAGGAAGAAUUAAGAGUCAGAAUGCUAAAGUAGAAAGAUUAAGUUUUAUUAAAUAUCACUGUUUCUCUCUGAUUUAGAGAAUUUCUAUGCCAAAAAUACAAACAGUAACAUUUUUUAUCUUUCAGGAACUUCGCAUAUUUCAUUUUCAGUAAAGAAGCAGUUUGGAACUUUUAGCAUUUAACUUGCUUUAUUUUUAAGAGACCAAAUAGAGAGAUUGCUGUCUGGUUUAGCGCAGUUAUAGGAGGAAGGAAAAAAAAUAGCAACAAAAGCUUUCUUUACAAUGUCAGCCAGUUUUUGGAACUAUCUUGCCUUCCUGCAAAAUCUGAAGACUUCAUUCUUGUACUUAGGUUCAUGGGAGCUUUUUAGCACCAGACCUUUCUCUGGUCAGUAGUCUGGUCUGUACAACAGUUUGUGGGGUGCAGCUGCAUUUGGACGUCUACAACCUUGGCUUUUGCACAGCAUGGAUCUUGUGAAAGGAAAAGGUAGGUUUGUGGCACAUCAUUUGCCUGCAUGAGAACUCUCCUUGCCGAUGUGGGAGAAGGUAGGAACCACUGGUUGGAAAGAGGAGAUGAAAGGAAGGUGAGCUUCCAUCUUUCAGAGAUGGUGCAGAUCUUAUACUGGCUUAAGCCACUUACAGAAAUGCCCCUUAAACUUCUUCCCAACUGGGAGGCUUAGAUGCAAGCUGUGCGUUAUAUGGAAUUCAGUACCAGUUGCAAAUCCUGCCUGAGGACUGGCACACUUAAUCCUAAGACUUCUGAUACGUAGCUGGAUGACCAGAAAAAUUAGAACUAGCAGUGACUGCCAGCUGGGAUGCAUCCAUAUUGCUGUGCAUCCAAGCUGUACUAUGGUGAAUCAGAGCCUUCAGAGUACUAUGGUGGAAUGGAAAAUGCUUCCUUAUUGUAUAAAAUAGGUCAGACUGGAGCUGAAGUAACCUUCUUCAGCUCAGCACUGCUGCUACUGUAGCAGUACCGAACAUACCAAAGAAGGAUCAAAGUUUACUGUACUCUGGCCUUCUCUUUAGAGAUCUGCUAAUUGCUCUUAUAUGGAAAGCACUUGGACAGAUGUGUAUAUGCAUGGUAAUAAAACUGAGCAUGCUGCUUGGUAAAUGUCCAUGGUCUCUGUGGUCAUUUUCCUAGUCCUACAGUAGUUAAAAAAAAAAAAAACAACACAAAAAAGAGUCCAUGCUAGCAGCCAGUGGGCUAUCCCAGAAACAAAAUAACAUCUCUGAUUUGAAAGAUACAGUUACUAUGCCCCUACGAGUUGUCCUGAUGAAACUUAAACAUUGCAAAAGGUGCUUUCUCUUUGAAUCUUACUUCUCCAUUACGCUAUGUAUUUGUGAAGAAAAUAACAAAGCUCAGUUCCCCUUACUUUCCCUCAUCCACACUAAAUUCUGAUCUCGUUUAUAUUUAAAAAAUAAAAAUAAAAAAUAAAAAAAAAGGUGAAUUCCUCACCUCUGUUGUACAUCUGUUCAGCAGGAGAAGGUAUCCCUGUUCUGGGUAGGAACAGCUGAGCCUUGAGCCUAGAGACUUAAGUGUUUUGCUGAGGUAAGAUAUGAGAGCUAUUAGACCUGCUCAUUAGCAAUUUAAAAAAUACUAAAUCUAUUAUCUCUGAACACUUGCUUCAGCAUGUCCUACUCCUUUUUGCAGUGUUUUUUUUUUUCCCCAGUAAUUUUAAAUAAUUUAUUUUAUGGUAUUGGCGUUAAGCUUCUCUAUUCCUCUUCCUGAUGGCAAAUGGAGAAAUGCUGAUUAGAAACUAAGGCGGCAGUAUCAGUAAUCACUGGCUUUGACUUGUGGCAGUAAAAAUUAUAUAAUGUAGUGAAGGGUAUGUGGUAACACUGCUGUGGCCAGGACCCUUCAUUUGGAAGUAUUCAGGGUGUAGCUGGAUACCAGUCUGGUUGCAAGUGCAGUAUUUACUUGCGAUAAAUAAAUUAUCCAUGUUAUAGUGUACUCAAUGUAUGAUACAGUUCCUGUGUUUCUCCUCGCCUUUACCUACAUCUAAUAAAUAACAUGGACCGUCUUUUCAAUUUUCAAAUCAUGGUGUUCAGAGAGGUACUAAUUUCUGUGACAGUGGCUAAUUCAAAGUGUAAUGGCUGUACCAGCUGAAAAACAAAAAGAAAAGGGGAAUUUCUGUUGUGGAUACAGCAGCUGAAAUAACUGUGUAUCAUUUUUAAGUUGGAAAUAAAAUAAAAUAAAAAAAAAAAAAAAAAAAAAAAAAAGCAAAAUCUCAACAAAGCAAAACUAGGAAAAAGUUAACAUUGGCAGUUUUUUUAAUUAAUUGUAAGCUUUUCCUGUGAAGCCCUGUCCAUUGCAGCCAAAGCAUUUGGAUUUAAGCUUAGACCAUUGUAAGAAAUACUCUCAGUGAAAAAGAUGAAGCUUUUUGGAGUAUUUUAUUUAGUCUUUCUUUUCCAUAGAAGUUGUAGCAUGCAGAUAGUAAUGCACUGAACCACCGUAGUGGAAAAUGCCUCUUUAGCAUCCUCUUAGGGAAGACCCCAGUCUCCUGACUUGUCUAUUUCUGCAAUAUAUGAAUGUCCUAGAUGCAUGCUGUGAGAGUUUGUGCCAUGGCAAAUUCUGAUGUGUAAUCCGUUUGUAUUGAUUCAUUCAUGGGCAAAACCAGAAAGGAAAUCAAAGAAAGGGAGGCCUUGAGAUUGAAUUCUUUUACGUUAUUCUUCACGCACAUUUUUGUUGCAUGGAACAAUGUGGCUGGAAGAUUGGAAGAAUCAGAGGUUAACUAAAGUUUUGGAAUGCAUAUAUUCAGUGCUGGUCACCUGACUAUUCUAACAAACUGAAAAGGUGGUUUGAUAGCUGUCAACUUGUUUUGCUAUUGUGCAGCUUAACUGUUACCUUCCUGUAUAAUGAACAUCUCUGUAUUUGGAAAAUAAAUCCAUCUUGCAAGGAAGAUUGUGCAAAAAUUGUUCCUAUUAUACUCCAGUGUAUAUUGCUGAUGUCAAAUAAAAUACAAUUGUGAGAGUUCUUAAA